UCUUCAGACCCUCAUCUGUAAUUUCAUCAAUACCCCUCUUUCUUCAGCUCCUUUUAAUUAUUAAAUACCAACACAGAUUGUGGUGUUAGUAAUUGAAAAUAAAAUAUAUUUAAUUGAAAUUACUUGGUGAUCUUAGUGAUGGAUCUCUUCAACGCUUUUCUUGAUUUUGUGGUGCCUCCGGCGAGCUUGGUGAUGCUUGCAUUUGCAUGGCCAACUUUGUGCUUUGUCAACACUUGUGAGUGGAUUUAUGACACCUACUUCAACCCUUCUGAUAUGGAAGAUAAAGUUGUUAUUAUCACUGGUGCUUCUUCUGGGAUUGGUGAGCAAAUUGCAUACGAGUAUGCAAAGAGGAGAGCGAAACUUGUCUUGGUUGCCAGGAGGGAGUCCAGGCUUCGAGGGAUUGGUGAAAAUGCAAGGCUGCUUGGCGCCAAUCAUGUGCUCAUAAUAGCUGCUGAUGUUGUAAAGGAGGAGGAAUGUCGGAGAUUUGUUAAUGAGACUGUCAGAAUAUAUGGGCGCGUGGAUCACCUAGUAAAUGCAGCAAGUUUGGGGCAUACUUUCUACUUUGAGGAAGCUACAGACACAUCUGUGUUUCCAAUCUUGCUGGACAUAAACUUUUGGGGAAAUGUUUAUCCAACCUAUGUUGCCCUUCCUCACCUGCGACGAAGUAAUGGAAGAAUUGUGGUCAAUGCAUCCGUUGAAAAUUGGUUACCCUUGCCAAGGAUGAGCUUAUAUUCUGCGGCAAAAGCAGCUUUAAUCAACUUCUAUGAGACACUACGAUUGGAAGUGAAGGAUGAAGUUGACAUAACAAUUGCUACGCACGGUUGGAUUGGUACUGAAAUGACUGGCGGAAAGUUCUUACUCGAGGAAGGAGCAGAGAUGCAAUGGAAGGAAGAAAGAGAGGUGAUUUCUGUAAAUGCUUCUGGUGGUGCGGUUGAGGAAUUCGCGAGGAUGAUUGUUUCAGGGGCCUGCCGUGGAGAUUCAUACGUGAAAUACCCGAGUUGGUACGAUAUAUUCCUCCUCUACAGGGUAUUUGCACCCAAUGUUCUCAAGUGGACAUUUAGCUUUCUUUUUACAACAAAAGGCGUGCGAAGAACUUCUUUGAUGGGAACAGGAAGGCCUCUUCUCGAAGGUCCUCCCCAAAAGAAACUUCUUAUGGCUCCGUCUACCUCUGCCACUACCUCUGGCACCAGCUCUCCCACUACCUCUCCCAGCAGGAAGCAGCCUAUGAAAAUGGAGUGAAGAUAUGCACAUAUCUUCUAGCUAUGUUGUUUAUGUUGUUUGCGUUAUUGUCUGAAUAUUGAGAACAUUCGAAUAAGCAAUUGCAUUUGCAAGACUUUACCUUUAAUAAUGUAAGACAUUAAGUUGUUACAUUUGGCAUAAUAAUGUAAUAAUAGGAUAUUUAGUAGUA